AUUUCCUUUACCCUGCUACUCACAUUUCAAACAACUCUCUCUCUCUCACGCUAUCACGACAGCCAACGCCGCCGACGGACAGCAACAGAGCAGCAGCCAACGCUCAUCUCUCUCGGCGGACGUAAAGCAACGCAACGACAGCCAACGAUCUCUCUCUCACCAAAGACCCCAGCAGCCGCCGUCGCAGCAACGCCGCCGACGGACGGACAGUAACUCCAGCGGUUUGUGCUCUGUUUGAUUGUACGUUCAGUUUUAAGAUCCUGAAUUUGGAAAAAAGGAUUUCUUUGCUAUUUUUCGGCGACCGCUUGUCUCUUUCUUUUUUACUUAGGCCAAGCAAAAGUGCAUCAAGGAUUUUUGAAGAGUUCGCCUAACAUAGCAUAGCACUAAUUGUGCACCACUUUUGUCCUGCAGAGAAAAGCCAGCAAAAGUGACCAACCCAAUGGCAGAGUCAUCCACCGUCAACGGCGGAAGUACGGUGCAGGAAUGCCAAGACAUGAUCCGAAGAAGUCUUAGAACUCCGAUGGUGAAGUUCUUAAAGGAACAUUUGGAGAAAUCUGGUUGCCGAAUUGGUGAUAACUUCAUAAAAGCUAUCCAUUGCGACAAGAAGGUCAGCGGUGGCUAUGUUCGCGGACAUGGGAUAAUUGUUUGCAGUAAUUACAUGAACAUUCAAGAUGAGGUGAAUCAAGUUGUCAUACAUGAGUUAAUUCAUGCAUAUGACGACUGUCGUGCUGCAAAUUUGGACUGGGCCAACUGUGCUCAUCAUGCUUGUAGCGAAAUUAGAGCUGGCCAUCUUAGCGGUGAUUGCCAUUACAAACGGGAAUUACUGAGAGGUUACCUUAAGAUACGCGGCCAUGAGCAAGAAUGUGUAAGGCGAAGAGUCAUGAAAUCAAUGGCCGGUAAUCCAUAUUGUACGGAGUCAGCCAGUAAGGAUGCCAUGGAAGCUGUUUGGGAUGUUUGUUACAAUGAUACUAAGCCCUUUGACAGAGCCCCUUGAAACAUAAUGAUAACCAGUCGCUUCUCAGAGGUAACUGAAGAUUGAAAAAAUUGCAGUGUUAUUUCAUUUUCGGUUGAUACCAUCAACAAAGGUGCAUUUUAUCAGAACUCAUAGCAUUUUUGAGGGAUAUUGACUUCUCUGUGAUGUAACGAGCAUAGAGUUUGUAAAAUUUACAGGGGUUUUUUCCUAUUCGAGGAAAUUUUCAUAAUAAGUGAUUCUUUUUUGCAGUAUCAA